UUGGCGCAGGCGCAGUCCGCGCGAGACCUCACUAGCGCAUGCGUAGGGGGUGCGAGUGGCGACCGCCAUGGACGACGAGGAGGAGACGUACCGGCUCUGGAAAAUCCGCAAGACCAUCAUGCAGCUAUGCCAUGACCGUGGCUACUUAGUGACUCAGGACGAGCUUGACCAGACACUGGAGGAGUUCAAAGCCCAGUUUGGGGACAAGCCGAGCGAGGGGCGACCGCGCCGCACAGACCUCACCGUGCUGGUGGCACACAACGAUGACCCCACCGACCAGAUGUUUGUGUUCUUUCCAGAGGAGCCCAAGGUGGGCAUCAAGACCAUCAAGGUGUACUGCCAGCGCAUGCAGGAGGAGAACAUCACCCGGGCCCUCAUCGUGGUGCAGCAGGGGAUGACGCCCUCCGCCAAGCAGUCCCUGGUUGACAUGGCGCCCAAGUACAUCCUGGAGCAGUUUCUGCAGCAGGAGCUGCUCAUCAACAUCACAGAGCACGAGCUGGUCCCUGAGCACGUCGUCAUGACCAAGGAGGAAGUGACGGAGCUGCUGGCCCGAUAUAAGCUCCGUGAGAACCAGCUGCCCAGGAUCCAGGCGGGGGACCCCGUGGCUCGAUACUUCGGGAUAAAGCGUGGACAGGUGGUGAAGAUCAUCCGGCCCAGCGAGACGGCCGGCAGGUACAUCACCUACCGGCUGGUGCAGUAGCUGCCGCCCUGACAGCCCCUAGAGGCGGCCACGCGGACAGUGACCUGGUCACCUGCAGGAGGAAGCCUCUGCUGGAGUCCAGCCCCCCCAGCGCUUUGGGCUGCUGCUCCUCUGGACUCCCCAAGGCAGGCAGCCCCCACCCGAAUUCUCCCAUCCUGGGCUGAGGCUUCCUGUGGAUUUGUGCCUGAUGCGGCCUCAGGAGGGACCAGACCCCCCAGGGAGGUCACUUGGUGCCCCGGGUCUGCGCCUAGACUGUGCAGAGUCCCCUGGGUUGGGGGCUUAGGGUCUGUCUCCCACUGGGCGCUCAGCCUCCCACCCUUCAUCUUCCCUCCCUCAGCUCCUUACUGGGCCUGUGGCAGUGACCUUUCUCUUCCUCACACCUCCCUACUGGGGGGCCCUCUGUGUCCUCUCCCUGGUCCCUUUUGCCAAGGUUGCAGCUGCCUCAGAGAACAGACCUGAUUAGAAACUUUAUUCCAGCAAAAUAAACGUGCGUGAG